AUGCCGCAGCCUGGGGGGGGCUCCAGGCUGCUGUCGCGGGAGGUGGUCAUGGAGGGCCCGCCUGGUGCCUUGCCCGCCUGCGCACAGAGCGCCAGCCUUGCCGGCUGGUCGCCGUCGCAGGCGUACCGGGCGCCCGGGUACGCGCCAAUGUUCUCGCAGCCGGCUGCGUUCUGGGACAUGAACAGCUGGUGGAGAAGGUCUCCGGAAGUGGGGUGCACCGACGUAGGCUGCACCGACGUGGGGCGCGGGUGUACCGACCAGCAGAACGCGUUGGUGUACGUCGGCGGCGGCAGAGGCCAGUGGGAGCAAGUGAAGGAGUGGAAGUACGUCGGGCAGGGCGGCCAGUUUGACACAGUCCCUGUGCCGAGGCCGACGCCCUGGUUCUGCGCCUGCAUCCCUUGGUGCAUCUGCCUCAGCCUCUUCUUGCCCCUGCUGGUGAUGUGGCUGUCGUACGCAAGCGAACCGGCGGUUCCUCCAAUUCCAACAUCCACAACCACAACCACAAGAACGUCAACCACAAGAACGUCCAAGACGUUGACGUUCACGGUGAGCUCUCUCACCCGGACGGUGACCACGAUGUCUACGAUGUCCACAAGUUUGACACGUACCACCAUCUCCACGAGUACGUCGACGAGCACGUCGUCGACGGUGACGACCACGAGCACAACAACCACGGUAACCCCGUGCCCGACAGUAUGGGUGAAGAUGCCACUGUGCCCUCCAGGCGUCACUUGCACGACCACUAUGUGGAACGGGCUGGAGGGCCCGCACAAGUACGGCGACAUCUUGUAUGUGGAUCCGCGGCUGAGCCCGCAGCAGCCUCAGACGGCGCCGCCGCUGAAGGCGGCGACGACGCCCCCGCCGGUGGAAGGCCGGGCCCCGAGCGCGGAUGCGCCCGAGCCGUUCAACUGCUCUGCAGGUCUUGAGAAUUGGGUGAAGGGCUGGUCCAGCGGCAAGAAGGACUGGUGCUGCGAGAAUCACGAGCUCGGCUGCGCGCAGGAGACCCCCGCACUGCCAGAGCCGCCGCAGACGACGCCACCACCAGUGCCCGAGACGCCCAGCUCCACCAGGCCCAGCAGCACCACGGUACCAACGGGCCCACAGACCUGCCGCGUGUACGGUGACCCCCACGUCAUCACGUUCGAUGGGAGGAAAGUUAGCUUCUACUCCACUGGGGAGUACUGGCUUGUCAAGAGCUUCCCCGUGGCCAUCCAGGCGCGAUACAUGGCGACGCCCGUCACCAACGGGCUCAGCGUGACCAAGGUGCUUGCCAUCGGUGGCGAUAUUUUGGGGAGGCACUUGCUGAGGUUUUCCGCGCAGUAUGCGAUGUGGGACGAGGAGGCCAUUCUGACGGAGUUCCCGUCGAAGUGGACGUCAACAUCGCCCCCAGUCAGCAUAGUGUACGACGCCGAGGGCGAGUAUCUGCAGGAGGGCCGCGAAGGCAAGCAGCUCCGAGUCGUCAAGGUGACUUUGCCGAUGGGGGUCUCUUUGCAAAUCAACCGCUGGAACGAGCCUGGCGAGGGUGACUACAUGAAUGUCAAGAUAUUCCUGAGCGGCCCUCUUCCCAAUCAGGACGGGCAGUGCGGCAAUUUCAACGGGGACCCAGCGGACGACUCUCGCGCCGCGCUGAAGGAGCGGCUCGGCUCAUCGUCGGCCUGGGUGGCCGACGAGGACUUGCUCUUUAAGGAGCGCACGCCGGUGGUGAAGACGGCGGACCCGAGCAUAGACGAUUGCCCCGCAGACAAGAUGCCUGAGGCAGAGAAGCUCUGCGGCAAGAUCUCCCGGAACGGCAUACCCGAGAAAGAGUGCAUCAUCGACGUGUGCUGCGGGGGCGAGAUGUUCGCCGCGCAGGACGCGGCCGACGAGGGCGCCGACUUCUCCACCUGA